GUGAUUUUGACAGAGCAGGAUGGACAGUUAGUUGUAUGGUGUCCCACCUCUCACUCUAGGGGGCGUUCAAAUGUUACUACCUCAAGGUGUGUUUUUAGAGAAAACAAAACCCCAGGCAACUGUUACUUCCAUGAAAGACAGCGAUGGCAGUGGAACUAAUACUUCAUCUACAGUCAUAACACAGAAUGUCACUGAUGCUAAGAUUCAAAGUAAAGGUUUUUCUUAUGUAUUUGCGCCCCCGGUGAAGGCGUUGUCUCCAGGAGCACCAAACUGGGCCUUGAGACUGCGUGAAUGUGAGAAGAUUGGAGACUCGUAUCGCGGUUACUGUAACACAGAGGUAGAGAUGGAGGCAAUUCUGCGUCUACACAAGCAACAGACCCACACUGUGUUUGUCACACGUCAAUCACCCUCACCUGCAAAACCUGCUACCCGACUCAUGUGGAAAUCCCAGUAUGUGCCCUAUGAUGGAAUUCCUUUUGUUAAUGCAGGCAGCAGAGCCAUUGUGAUGGAAUGCCAAUUUGGUCCACGGAGAAAAGGUGUUCAUCUUAAAAACGGACCAGAAACACAUCAAAACAUCCAUUACAAAGCAACCUGCCCUGCCAGAUUUUAUAUUAAAAAAGUGCGAAAAUUCCCUGAGUACAAGGUUCCAACGGAUCCCACAGUGGACAAGAAAGUAGUGCGGCAGGAACAGGAGAAAGCCUUCUUCAACCUCAAGAAGAGCUUGUGGAAUGUUGGAGGGGUUCUGAGAUAUUACAUCCAGCUCCCUACAGAGAAAGCUCAUCUCUACCAUGAUGUGGAGACUGCAAACCUGCUUCCACUUCCAGAACAGAUCAACUUUGCUGAGGAACAACAAAACAGAGAGGACAACACAGAGGAGGAGGGAAUCGAUGUUAUGCAGGACAUCCAGAUGGAAGACGGAACAUAUGUCCCCUCUCGACUGCACCCACUGGUGGCAGAGAAGAUCUGCAAUUUGGUGGCACAAGGCCAUACCCAGGUUUACACUGUCCGCAAGCAGCUCAGGAAGUUUGUGGAACGUGAGAUGUUCAAGCCAGAUAAAGUGCCUGAGAGACACAAUCUGUGUUACUUUCCAACUGUCAAUGACAUCAAGAACCACAUUCAUGAGGCUCAGAAAUCUCUUCAGAUGACAGCGGGAGUUACCUCAGAUACAGAGUGGAAAGCAGAUCCUUAUAACCUGAUACCAGACAAUGUGACAUUGACUCCUGCUACUGUGGAUGUAUCCUCUCAGAAGGGGGCACUCUUAGAAGGGAUCGACACACUUUCUCCAGAAGCUGUACAGGUCUUUAGCUCUCUGACCUCACUGCAGCCCAAGAUCUUUGCACAACUCCAGCUACAAAGCUACAGCUACAUCCAGCUACAACCUGCCCUGUUUCCAGGAGAAUCUACUGCUCGGCAUCCAACAGCAACACCAGAACCUGUCCAUCCAACAUGUCCUGCACCACCACAAGCUCUCCUGCUGAGUCCAUCCCAGUUCCUCCAAUCGAAUCCCACCGCUGGAGAAAGGAAAGCUCUGUUUGACUCCCCGCUCAGCACGAGUCAGCUGGUGAGUGUGACCUCAGUGACUAACGCUGAAAUAGACGGUGGCAUCACACAGAUCCUGCUGGAGGACGGACAGACUAUUCCAGUCCAGAUUGUGGACGCAUCUAGUAUAAGGUCACACGGAACUUCAGUGAGAGUCACAAAGAUGUCUCAACCAAUCAGAAGCAAUAUCUGCGCAGACCAGCUCGUGCCACCCCCUCCUGCCCUUGGCUGUCUGACAUCCUCCAUGAACAACGGAGUACACUCAGGGCUGCUGAAAGGAAAUGGCGCAAGACCAAGAAUUCUGCUGACCUAAGGGACUACCAGUCACUACUCUCCUCUUUUUCUGCUAGUGUUACCACAGCUAAAACAUCUUUCUAUACCACCAAGGUGAGCAAUGCACUUAACACUUGGCAG